AUGGAGGCUUUGCACUGCACAAGUCGCGCAGAAGCUGACUUUGCAGAGUCCCCGCGCAAGCGGCUGAGAAUUGACGAUCCCCUCCAGCCGAUCUUUUCGUCAGACAGCAGAGAGAUAUCGGAAGAGUCCGUAUGCGACCGAUGUGCGAAGCUAGACUUUGGUCAGGAGUCUGCCCGUGCUUUGAUAUCACGUAAAGCUGGCCUCGUCAAAAUUGGCAGCUUCGAUGAGUUAGACCAUGCAUGCAAGCUGUGUCGUUUCUUUGCUGCUGCUUUUCGGGGUCACCGCUCCGAAGGCAGUAACCUGCAACUGUCACCUCAGUAUGCAGAGCGCAUGAUAUGGUCUGGGAAGCCCCCGAGAAAGGGGCCGAAAACGGGUACAGUUGCUUGGAUGCUCACGCAAAGCAAGGAGGAAUUGAAGGCUCGAAAUGGCAUACCAGCCUCCGCAACGUGGAUCAUGCCAUGCCUGCCAUCUGCAGAGCAACGACAGGUUCUCAGCGGGCGACAGCUGGACCAAAACUCGGUUGACUUCCAGCAUAUCAAGGGAUGGAUCGAGUUCUGCGAGAUACACCAUGAGGCCUGUCGCAACAACAUUGAGGUGGAUAUGAUACCCGGCCUUCGCGUGAUCGACUGCAGCACGCGCAAAAUUAUAGCCGCCUCUCGAGAUUGUCAUUUUGCCGCACUCAGUUAUCUCUGGGGCCCAAACUCGUCGCAAGUGGCUACUCCACGCUACGACGAACUCCCAGCCAUCGCCCCCAAGGUAAUUGAAGAUGCCGUACUCGCUGCCAAAGCGCUCGCGAUUCCCUUUCUCUGGGUGGACCGGUAUUGCGUUGACCAGACUAAUCCGGCGGAGAAACAUACUUUGAUCCAGAAGAUGGAUCAGAUAUACCAGGGUGCUGCAGUCACCUUUGUGGAUGCUGUGGGUGACAGCCCCGAACAAGGGUUUCCGGGAGUCUCGACUCUCCCCCGAUCUCUGCAGACAGCUGUAAUAAUUGGUGGUCAACGACUCAUCGCUGUGCCUGAUGUCGCAAGAGAAAUUCUGUCAUCGCCAUGGUCCACCCGUGGAUGGACAUAUCAGGAAGGCCUGCUUUCCCGAAGACGACUGAUAUUCACAAGGUCGCAGGUCUACUUCCAGUGCAUGGGCAUGCACUGCUGUGAGUCUGUGAAUCUUCCUCCUGCAACGUUCAGUCUGAACGAUAUGGGCAAGUUUUAUGAAAAGGCCGAUGGUCUACGCGUCCUCCCAUCUGCGGGCGUUGGACAAAACAACCGAGAGGUCCUCGGCCGCAUUGGCGAGUACUUGCAAAGACGGUUGUCGUUCGACGUCGACGCACUUAAUGCGUUCAUUGGCAUCCUAGAACGAUUCCGCGCAAGGGACCGACCCCUGUACCACUUCUACGGCGUGCCGUUCGAAGACCGCAGAAUCACCAACGAGAAGCCGGUCGUUGCAGGAAAGCUUGACCCUUUCCAUGGCUUGCACAAGUUCCCGGACAGAGGGCAGGCCGAGAAGAGCUUCAUGACGUGGCUGAUGUGGAAAGCUACGGUACCACCAACGACCAGAUUCUUCACCAUUCGCAAAGAGUUUCCGACGUGGACCUGGGUGCACUGGAAGGGCAUUGGUAGUAUUCAAGUCGACUUUGAAACAUUUGUCCCUGUCAAGGCCAUCGCUUCGAUCAAGAUAAGUGAACGCCAACCUAAACGAAAGAUUCAUUUGGAAGAUUACAUAGCACGAAUCAAGAAGGGCCAGGGUACAGGCACAAACUACAUUGACUAUCUCCCGUGUUUAUACGUCACUGGUUGGUUUGCAGAAGUCCGCGGUCGGCCAUCCAACGGGAGCGCUCUAGAUGACGCAGUGGCUAUGCUGAACGACCACUAUAAAACUUACAAUAUCGAGGAUAUCAAACUUCAGGUGCUCUGCGACGCUGAGGAGCGCAAGCUUCUAGCCGGGGGGAGUGCAGACUACUAUGUUAUGUGGCUCCACGUCCGAGGAGACCUGGCCGCCAUGCGCAACGAUGCUGCUCUCCUUGAAGGAUUGGUGAUCCUUAAAAAUGGCGGUGACGACAACGAUGCCUAUCGGCGGGUGGGCACCAUUCAAUGGCGGCCGCGAGGUUCAACACACUUUUGGGUGGAGGGGCAGACUGCCAAGUUUGGCAAUGGAUUCGACGAGUCGAAGGUUACAUAUUUUCACUGUGAAAGACGAACAAUUCGUCUCGUAUAA